AUGGGAUUAGUUUCAACUAUGUCAAAUGAUCCUAACAACAAACAAGAAGAUGAUGAAAUUUAUAAUGUUUUAAAUAUAUCACCACCUCCAAAUUUUAAUCUAAAUCCUUUUCCAAAUCAGCAAAUGAAUACAAAUUAUAUGAAUUAUGAUACCACAAUAUAUAGUAAAGAUUCUGCAAAUAGUAUUCAAUUUCCUAAUACAUUUUAUGAUAAUGCUGAUACAAAUGAUAUGAGUACUGAAAACUUGAAAAAUUAUGAGAAUAAUAAUUCAACUUACAAUGAUCAAAUGAAUUUUUUCAAAUCUCAAAUUGAUAAUGCAAAUUAUAAUGAUAAUUUUACAAAUAAUAAUUAUAAUGAAAUCAAUAAUAAUGAAAGAAUAUACAUAAAUAAUCAACCCUCAGAAAACUCACAAAUGAAUCAAAAUUUUCCAACAAAUGAUAUGAAUUCACAGUACAAUAAUAAUAAUAUUGAUAAUAUUAAACAAAAUAAUUUUUUACAAGUAAAUCAAGGUAAUGACUUUUUAAGACCUGGUCAUGGUUCAUCUCAAUCUUUAUAUUCAGAUAAUUCAUCACAACCAGCUUCACCUUUUCUUGAUGCUGCAUCUCAAUUCAGUAAUAAUAAUUUAUACCCACCCGAAAUACCCACGGCUUUCUCAGAUGCUGGAUCAAUACAUGGUGGUCAUUCUUCAACAAAUUUAUUAAAUAAUAACAAUAAUGAUUAUUUUGAAAAUGAUCAAAAUUAUUUACAAACCACUGAAAUUGGAUUAGGUGAAUCAGUUAGUUCUUCAAAUUUAGCAUCAAUAACCGAUUCCGGAUAUCAGCAACAACAACCACAAAUACGACAGAUGGGACAACAAUCAAUUGCACCUUAUGAUGAAUUUCAACAAAGUUUAUCUUUUGAUGUAACACCUCAAUUCUCAUUAUUUGAUCAAACUCAAAAUUUUCAACAAGAACAGAUAAACAAUCAACAAAUACAACAACAUCAGCAACAACAACAAUUCCAACAACAUCAUCAAAAACAAGAAGCAAUCAAUCUGAAAGUGGAAAGAAACCAAUAUACAUUCACUAAUCCACAGUUAGGAUUUGAUUUUGAUAUAACAGUUACUCCACCUGCUCAAUCAGAUAAUCAAAACGUCAACAAUAACAAAGUGAAUCUUAAUUCCAAUGGUAAUGAUCAAUUAACUGAAAAUAACUUAUCGACCUAUAACAAUGAGCAAACAAGUCAAGGAUUCAUAAAGCGUGAUUCAUCAGGAAUUGUGAUCUCAAUACAACAAGCACCAGAAGAAAUUGCAGCAAGAACUCCUUCAUUAUUUAGCAAUUCAUCUGCUAAUUCUUCAGUCAACAAUCUUUCUAGACAAAAUAGUAACCAACAAAAUGAAUCAAAAAAUAACAACAACAAUCAACUUCUACCGUCUUCGCCAAAUUCAGCAAAUGAAGACGAAAAAGAUUUAUUAAAUUUAGAUUAUCAAUCUGCAAGAAGAGGUAGAAGAAAAAGUAGAGGUAAGAACUUGAAAUCAACUGAUAGUUUAUCACCAAGACCUAGAUCCAGAUCAUCUAGGUCUAGAAGUACUGCUGGAAGUGUUAGUGGUAAUGAUGAUUACGAAGAUGAAGACGAAGAAGAAGAAGGAACUGAAACCCAAGACUCAACAUCACAAAUUUCAUCAAGAGAAAAAAUGUUAGAAUUAGCAUCACCAAACCAAUCAUCUAAAAGAACUCAAAAACAUCCAAGUGUAUAUGCAUGUCAUUUAUGUGAUAAAAGAUUUACUAGACCAUAUAAUUUAAAAUCUCAUUUAAGAACUCAUACUGAUGAAAGACCUUUCAUUUGUAGUCAAUGUGGUAAAGCAUUUGCAAGACAACAUGAUAGAAAAAGACAUGAAGAUUUACAUAGUGGUGAAAAAAAAUUUCAAUGUAAAGGUUUUUUAAAAAAUGGAGAAAGUUAUGGAUGUGGUAGAAAAUUUGCAAGAGCUGAUGCUUUAAGAAGACAUUUUCAAACUGAAGCUGGUAAAGAAUGUAUUAGGUUGUUAAUUGAAGAAGAAGAAGAGGAAAAAAGAAAUGGUGGUGGUGGUGGAACAAGUAAUGGUGGAAGUAACAAUGGAUUUUUAAGUCCUGAUCUGACUUCUAUACCUCAGGUUGCUAUAUCACCACCCGAAUGA